GAGAGCAUGGCACAGAAAGUGGCGAUCAUUGGGGCAGGGGUAAGCGGACUGGCCUCCCUUAAAUGCUGCCUGGACGAAGGGCUGGAACCCACCUGUUUUGAGAGGAGCGACGGCAUUGGGGGACUAUGGCAAUUCAAGGAAAUACCUGAAGAGGGAAGAACUAAUGUCUACAGUUCUGUAAUAACCAACACGUCAAAGGAAAUGACCUCCUUCAGUGACUUCCCAUUCCCGGAGGGCUGCCCCAACUACCUUCAUCACUCUGUGGUCAUGGAGUACCUCAGAAUGUACGCCGAACACUUCCAGCUUCUUGACUACAUACACUUGAAGACCACGGUAUGCAGCAUCCAAAAACAUCCAGAUUUCACAGCCACAGGACAAUGGGUGGUGUGUACCGAGAAGGAUGGACGGAGGGAAUCAGCCGUCUUUGACGCCGUUAUGGUUUGCAGUGGCCGUUACGCAGAGAUGAAUCUUCCGCUGGAUUCUUUUCCUGGCAUAAAGAAGUUUAAGGGCCGCUACCUGCAUAGCUGGGAGUACAGAGAUCAGACCGGGUUUGACGGGAAAAGAGUCCUUGUUGUUGGUGCCGGAAAUACCGGAGGGGACAUUGCUACAGAGCUCAGCCGCACCACUGCUAAGGUCUUUCUCAGCACCAGAAGUGGAACGUGGGUGUUGAGUCGCAUUUCAGAUGCUGGCUGGCCUUUCGACAUGGUUAUCACCAAUCGCUUUGGCAAUUCCAUUCAAAAGCUUCUUCCAGAAGGCAUGGCGAGGAGGGUACUGGAAAAGAUCUUUGGCCGGUGGUUUAACCAUGAGAACUACGGCUUGAUCCCUCUUAAAAGGUACUGCUAUGAACUGAAUUGCAUUUCAUGGAUACCUUUAAUUCUGAAUGAUGAGCUGCCCAGCCGUAUCCUUUGUGGUUCUAUUGUGGUGAAGCCAAACGUGAAGGAGUUCGGUGAGGCUUCUGCCAUCUUCACAGAUGGUACCGUCGAAAAGGACAUCGAUGUGGUCAUCUUUGCGACGGGCUACGCCCCAUCCUUCCCCUUUCUGGAAGAAUCGCUUCGCAGUGUCUGCAGAAGCAACAUGUCCCUUUAUAAGCAAAUCUUCCCUCCUCAUCUGGAGAAGCCCACAUUGGCGAUCAUUGGCUUAAUAGCGGUAGCCGGAUCCAUCAUGCCAGCCGUGGAACUUCAGGCCCGUUGGGUCACAAGAGUAUUUAAUGGGUCAAGUAAGCUUCCUGCGAUGAGCCAACAGAUGAGUGAAAUUGCCAAACAGAAGAAGGCUCUCCAUAAACAGUAA